AUGGCAGCUAAAGAUUUAAUAUGUAGUGGAAUACGACGCCGAAUUGGGAAUGGAAAAUCUACCUUAAUUUGGGAACACCCUUGGCUUCCGGACGAACAUGAUCCUAUGGUUCAGACUGAGAUGCCACCGCAGCUUGCUGGUGCCAAGAUUAUGAUGAUACGUGGUAUUGGCAUGGGGAUCCAAAUGGUUGUUAUUCUUGAGGUCAAGAAUGGUUAUAGAUGCAUUAUUGGGGAUUAUGAAACUGGUAAUAAUGGGGCAUUUGAUAAGUGGACCACUCUAUGGAAAUUAAAAAUCCCUCCCAAGUGGAAGAUUUUCCUAUGGAGAGCUAUUAGUGAUAUCCUUCCCACUACCAAUAAUUUGCUUAUAAAGAGAGUGGAUGUUGAUCCGAUGUGUGCCAUGUGUAGGAUCAUGAGUGAAGACACUAUGCACUCAUUGGUAUUGUGUGACUAUGCAAGCUCCAUUUGGGCUCAAUCCAACCUUCCACUCCCCAAUAUUAUGACAAAUAUUUUUCAUGAAUGGUUUAGUGCAAUCAUAAAUGUUCUAGACACUAAUGGAAUUAUUUACGCAGCUGCAAUCUUAUAUCAUCUUUGGAGAGCACGCAAUGGAGCUGUGUGGGAUGCCUGCCUACUACGGCCGAAAAAUGUCAUUGCGGCGGCCACUGCCACAAUGCAUGCAUGGCAAAAUGUACACGGCCCGACCACCGCCCAAUUGCCGAUCGACCACCAUGCCGCUGUAGCAACACUGCCGAUUCCCAGUACUGCUGCGACACUGCCGAACCGGCCUUCAGCUGCCGCAAGCCGUGGCCAUGCACCACCGCCCCGCCUGGCCGAACAACCGCCAAACACACUGCCGCAACACUCUGAACCCCUAAACACGGUAGUAAUGCCACGGAAAUGCUAUGUGGAUGCCGGGUAUCACCAAGGAACGAAUACAGCUACGGUUGGGGCAGUCCUACUCGAUGCCACCGAUCACUUUAUUUCGGCCUUCAGCGCGCCUAUCCUGAGUUGCUUUUCCCCACUUAUGGUCGAAGCAUUCGCGUGUAAAGAGGCUUUAUCCUGGCUAAGGGCACGAGGUGAACAAUCUAUACAACUUUAUACGGAUUGUCAAACGUUACAGUGUUACCUAUCUGCACCGGACAACCCAUCCCGCUCAUACAUUGGUUAUGCUAUCGAUAGCUGCAAAAUUUAUAUGUCUGCGUUUAAUUAUUGUUUUGUCAUUUUUAUUCCUAGAUUACAAAACUUAUUAGCUCAUACUUUAGCUACUUCAGCCUUUACGCUUUCUACGGCGAUGUACUGGGACAAUGUCCCACCCGACUCUAUUUCAGUCUAUCUAUAA